AUGUUUUCUCUACAUUUUUAUUUACUAAUUCCGUUUUAUUUUUUUAUUUUUAGAAGGCUUAACAUGACAUUCACAGUAAUACGUAGCAUCUCUCAUGGUGGCUACGGAGCUGUAUAUGAGGUCUCAUGCUCGAAGGAUGAUGGCAGAUAUGCACUCAAACUUGAAAAGCGACAGUUCUCAAGAGACCACUAUAAGCUCAUGAUGGAAGUCCAAGUGCUAAAAGAGGCUGGUGAACGUCCUGAAAACGCUAGGAGGCACUUUCCGACUCUCCUCGAUAAUAGCGAUCCACUGCCCAACCACAUGUUCAUGGUAAUGUCUUUGCUCGGAAGAUCGUUGGCGGACAUAAAACGAGGACGGCAAGGCAAAAUCCUCAGCCCAAAUACCGGAUACUAUUGCGCAAUACAGUCCCUCGAAGCGGUUCGCGAUUUGCAUGAUCUCGGUUAUAUUCAUCGAGAUAUAAAGCCGGGAAAUUUUGUCAUAGGGCUUCCACGAACAAAGAACCAGAAUACGGUAUACAUGGUGGACUUCGGGAUUGCAAGAAGGUUCCUUGGGCCUGACGGAAAAAUUCGGAAUCCACGCAAAAAGACAAGAUUCAAAGGUACAGUUCGUUUUGCAUCAUUGAGUAUGCAUGAAGGAGACGAUCUGGGUCGGAAAGACGAUUGUGAGAGCUGGAUGUAUAUGAUUGUUGAUUUGAUUGAUCAGGACAAGCUACCUUGGCAUAAUGUAGAGGAUAAACGCAGACUUCGUAGGCUCAAACACGAUGCUCAGAAAGCUCCUAAAACUCUCUUCAAGAAGGACGAAGAGCAAGAAUUGCGUGAGAUUAUUGUGUACUUGGCAGGUCUUCACUAUGUCGAUCUUGUAGACUAUGCAUGGAUGCGUGAAAUGAUCAAAAGAGUUGCAAAACGGAUCUCUUGCUCUCUUCAAGAGCCAUAUGACUGGCAAUUAAUGACUGGAACGACGUCGACUUCAGCAUGUUAAGAUGAUUGAAUGGAUAUUUAACUAAAAACUGACAAAUAUUAAAUUGUAAUAUGUAUAUUAUGUAUGUAUCUAUUCUAUUUUUGUUGUUGAUUGUGGUAAAAAUAAAAUCUGUU